CAGCCUGACUUCCUAGAAUGGCGUUAAGCUGACGUCAGAGGUUUAGGGUUGGCGAAGGUCUGGAGAGAACUGAUGGGGUGUUAUUAAAAAAAGGAGGGCCUCAUCAUGUACACGCUGCUCUCCGGGCUGUAUAAAUACAUGUUCCAGAAGGAUGAGUAUUGCAUCCUUAUCCUGGGUCUGGACAAUGCCGGCAAAACGACAUUUUUGGAGCAAACUAAAAUCAGAUUCAGUCGGAAUUACAAGGGGAUGAACCUUUCUAAGAUCACAACCACUGUGGGACUAAACAUUGGCACCAUCGAUGUAGGGAAGGUCCGGCUGAUGUUCUGGGAUCUUGGCGGACAGGAUGAGCUGCAAUCUCUGUGGGACAAGUAUUAUGCAGAGUCCCACGGAGUCAUUUACAUGAUCGAUUCCACGGAUGAGACUCGUCUGUCGGAGUCAAAGAGGGCGUUUGAGAGGAUGAUUUGCAGUGAAGCUCUGGAGGGGGUUCCCAUCCUUGUGUUGGCAAACAAACAAGAUGUAGAGGGCUGCCUCUCGAUUCCGGACAUCAAGACGGCUUUCAGCGACUGCAUCAACAAGAUCGGAAAAAGAGACUGCCUGACUCAGGCCUGCUCGGCGCUGUCUGGGAGAGGUGUCAAUGAAGGGGUGGAGUGGAUGGUGAAAUGCGUGGUGAGGAAUAUUCAUCGCCCUCCUAGGCAGAAAGACAUAACAUAGAACGUAUCGGAUCUCAGCAACUGGAAGCAAGUGAUUCUAGAGCUCUGGCAAAGAAAAGGGGCUCUGUAUGUGGAACAGACUUGAUAUCUUCAUAUCUGGACGCAAACACCUUGAAUGGGCUGGUUUUAACUUUUGUAUCAAAAUUGAGUAUAUAAAUGUAUUUAUGUGAUUUAUUGGCUGGAUGACGUCUGUUCCAUAUUCCAUAGCUCCUCUCCAACUGUUCCUUAUGAGCUCCACUUUUUUAGCACUGUCGUCUCUUACCCGCGCAAGCUCCGGUGCUCCUGGGAGAUCGAGAGGACGGCCAUUGUGGUUCCUCUAUGGUGGUUUGUGUGUAAUACUGAGCAGUUAUUUGUGAGUUAACCUAGCAUAUACUACUUCUGUCCAUGUUUGAUCUUAAAUUGUGAUUUGUCUACUAUCCAAAUUACUGUGUCUGGAAGGAGGGGGACUGUCGAGUUUGAUAAUUUGGCAUUAAGAGAAUUUCUAGGUCACUGGUAUUUGAUUUGAAUUUGGCUUAAUCUUUAACUAACGUGGUUGGCUUGCUCUGUAUUUCAAAACACUCCUAUCAGAAUAUACUCACCUGCUGGGCAGAAGAGACACUACUAAUAAAAUUGUCACCCUAA